GAAUUAGAAAAUGGUUAACGUUUCGGUUUAAAUUUGAAUCAGAGCCAGAGUCUCGAGUGAUUGAGCAUUGGCAGUCAGAAGCUCCAGAGGCCAUGGCGAUGGAUAUUGAACAAGGACGACUAGGGUUUCCGUACUGGAAACCCAUCCAGCGCAGGUUCGAUCCGGAAUCUCCUUUCUUCGCUUCUGGAAACAUCGAGAGGGAACUUCUUGCAAAGCAGGUUGCACUUGACUUAAGUGAAGAUGAAAAGCAUUACCUUCGGAAUUCUUUAGGUGAAGAUAGCAGGGGGGUUUUCUGUCCCAUAGUUGGUUGUGGUGCAUGCUUGACUUCAUUGGAAGAUUUUGAAGAUCAUUACAAUGCACGGCAUACUGCAUAUUGUUCAGUGUGCUCUAGAGUGUAUCCAACAUCUCACCUGCUCAGUAUACAUGUAUCUGAAGCGCACGAUUCAUUCUUUCAAGCAAAAGUUGCACGUGGCUAUGCCAUGUAUGAAUGUCUUGUUGAAGGAUGUGGUUUGAAGUUUAAGAACUAUAAAGGUCGGCAACAGCAUCUGGUGGACAAACAUAAAUUCCCAACUUCAUUUGAGUUUCUUAAGAAGACUCAUCCUUCGAAAAAACAGAGGCAGAAGAACUAUAGGAGACAAGCUGUUCAUAAAAAGGCGGAUGCUUCGAGUAUGGAAGUAGAAAAUGAAACCAUUGAUGGCCUUGUUUCAGCUGUCUCCAAAUUAAGCACUUCAGACUCACCUUCAUCCAUCAGUUUUGGUAGGCGCCACACCCGUGGCUUGACAUAUGUUCCUCGAGCUGUCCAACGGGAGAAAAAGCCAGACACCACGUCAGCCGGAACAAGGCGAUAGCAAAUUAUACACGCCAUUCAAUCUCAGAUCUGCCUGCUAUGAGCUUUGCCUUCUCUCAUUGUGUACAGAUAGCUUCUGCAACAGAUGUUGAGACUGAUUACUUGGCUGUUUUUGGAAAUAUUUGUUCUCUGUAGGGUCAGUUGCUUUUGAAAGUGUUGUUGGACCAUGAUAUAUUAUGGUAAUAAUCAAUUUUGGAUGAA